UAGCAUCACUUCCGCUAAAAUGGCGUAUACAUAGAUAGUUUAUUUUCACUUUCAAUUUAAGAGAAAAAUAAUCCUUUUAAUUACAUAUUUUAAAUCUUCUUUCUGUAGUAAAUCUACGAUACACUUCUAUAAACGUUUAUUGGAAUACUUCUCACUACUUCAGAGUUAGAGCAAAACUAGUUAAUUACAAGAUAAUCUCUAAUCAGUGACCUACGCUACCAAGAACUUUUACUGGUAUAAAGUAACACAGUUUCGUGAAUGUAAAUAAUAUAGUUGAUUUAAUGAGCUGAGAACCUACUAAUUACAUCUGAGAGCAUACAAAUGGAUGCUCCUAGGACGUUUGCAUCAAAAGAUGCAGAAAUUGAAUACUGGAAAAAUCUUGCACACCAGUAUAAACAAGACCUGAAAGAAACAAAAGAAGAACUUGAAGAGUUCCAGAUCAGCAGUCAGGAGCUGGAACAGGAGCUGGAAACUCAGCUUAAACAUGAGGAGAAAAAGAAUAAAGAGCUUAGCUUAGCCAAUGAAAGACUACAAAAUGAAUGCGACUCUCUGAAGGAAAAGUUACAGAAGCUGCAAGCAGACAGCCAUAAGAAAAUAACUGAACUGGAAGAUAACUUUGCCAAAGUUGAAGCACACAAAAAUGAACUUCAAAAAUAUAUACGAGAACUUGAACAAGACAAUGACGAUUUAGAAAGAGCCAAGAGAGCAACUAUUGUUUCAUUGGAGGAUUUUGAACAAAGAUUGAAUCAGGCCAUUGAAAGAAAUGCUUUCCUGGAAAGUGAAUUGGAUGAAAAAGGUGCAUUGUUGGAAACAGUCCAAAGGCUAAAGGAUGAAGCUAGAGACCUGAAGUCAGAAAUUGAUGUCAAGAAACAUCAAGAUGUUUCACUAAAAACCAGCGGAGAUGGUUCUCUGGGUGUGGCAGCUCUACCAAUGCAGGAUAGCGGCUAUGCUGCACAAGCUAUCUCUCCUACCACACCGACCACACCAAUGGGGCGAGCGCCAUCAACACCUGGUAUGGGUCUCACAGGUACACCUCUCACACCCUCAGCAAGGAUAUCAGCACUCAAUAUUGUUGGAGACUUACUGAGGAAAGUUGGGUUUUCAGGAAGGUGGCAGCGUAACUCUGUGGAAUUAAAAUCUGACUGUCCACAUUUAAAUAUUGACCAAGACAGUUCGGCUCUGGAAUCCAAACUAGCAACAUGUCGAAAUUUUGCCAAAGAUGAUCAGCGGAGUAAGACAGGAACAAGCCCUCUUAAUUCACCCAGGUCAGAGCUAAUUGCUAGUGCUGGUAUUAGGACAAAACGCUGUCUGACCUUAAACGCAUGAGCCAUUUACAUUAUAUUGGGUCCUAAGAAAUCCACGGCUGAGUCGAGGCUCAACAUUACCUGUACAGCAGAGUCUAAAGAUGACAGUCUAAGGUUGUGUUCUCCAUCCCUGCGCCUCAUGUUCACAUUUUGACCAGCUCUAGACCCACCCAUACAGACAGCUGGUUCAAGUUUGCAUGGAUUUGUUCAGUAAUGUAAUGGAAUCUACUAGUUGAUGCUUGUUGAAGUUUAGUUGAGUUGUCCCUAGAAAUCAGGGAUACACAAGCCUGUCGGGUUAGCACAUUUAGUUUGCUCUGCAAAACAUGUAAGAUCAAGUGCUGAUGUGACAAACAUAAAUCUAAGGCACUGAGUGUUUUGUGUGAGAAGGACCCUUAACCCCCCAACAAAUUCUUAUUGUUUCAAAACAAUUGUUUUGAUUCCUGGUGCACCAGAUUUCUAGGGCCAAAAUACUGUCCGAAGGAAUUUAUAGGAAAAAAAAUGAUUUCCCCAAAUUUUAAAAAAUUUGUUGUAAGAAAAUCCCAAAGCAAUCUUCAUGUUAUUUUUCCUCUUAAAUGUGAUACUUGGGAAUUGUAAAAACAAACUUUGUAGGGUCUCCAUUGCUAGACAACGCCUAGUUUAAAUUAAACCUCAUUUGUUGUUUAUCAUAAUAUAAAUAUCAACCACUAUUUGUAUAGAAAGACACUGUAUAUAAUGAUUUUAUUUAAGCUAUUAAUGUACAGUUUAUCAUUGAGUUACAUGCUUAUUAAAAUUGAAACAAAUAUUGUUUUAUUGGUUCCCAUUAAUCCCAUGUGAAAUCUUAUAAACAAAGGCUACUAGUUUAAAAGCAAAUACCUUGUAACCAGCCUUCCUGUUCACUUUCCACCUUGGCCAUACAUCUGGUAACUGAAGCGGCUGAUGCUUCAAUAAAAAAUAGGCUGCAACAGCUACAAACAUUUUUAUUUUUGAGGUUAUCUUCCAUAGGUAUUUUAGAUUUUUUUAAAAACUUGGAUUCAAAUUUUUUCUGUUAAAGUAUAUUGUGUAACAAUUGUC